GAAGGAGAAAACCCCUCUUCACAUCCACGGUUUGGUGUUCUGCGCAUGCUCAGACUGCGCUCCCGUCUUAUUAAUUUUUAAUGGAAAAUGGCUGCGUUUCUUAUCCAAACCUCUGGAGCUCGGAGAUAAAAACCCUUCAGACUGAAGCAGCUCGCAUCUUGUCAACGUUCACACCCGAAACAAUCCGAUGCGGUGACCUUACGCCAGCUAGCUGAUGUCCUGUGGUGCGAAAAUAUUUGGGAAAAUGGAUCGACUCACGCUUUGAGGGAUGAAAGAGCAUUUUUCUCCUUAACCCUUUCUGCUCCCGAGAUCUGCGAACAAUCGAGCAGAAGAUGAUGCGCCAGGUGACAAGCAGUGACUUCUGCAUGAACAGCAGGCCGUCGUGUCUAGCAGAGGACGGCCACCACCCCGCCUCCCACUUUGACCUGUGCACCUCACAGUCCAACAAGUUCUACCCUCCCCCUCCUCCAUCGUCCCUCCAGAUGACGCUGGCUCCCAUGGCUUUACCCGCCCAGAGCCACAAAUCCAUGGUGUGCCAGAGACAGGAAAUACUCGGGGGUGAUCCCCGCUCACCUGCAGAAAUACCAGGCAUUAAAAGCACUGAUCAAGCAGCAGAUGAUGCCAAGAAGAAGAACAAGGCUGUCGGGAAGACGGGCAGACGUGGAAGGCCCUUGGGAACUACCAAGCUAGCCGGAUACAGAACCAGCACGGGACGACCCCUCGGCACCACCAGAGCUGCUGGGUUCAAGACGAGCCCGGGAAGGCCGCUAGGUACAACCAGAGCGGCGGGGUACAAGGUCAGCCCCGGUCGGCCUCCCGGCAGCAUCAAGGGCCUCUCUCGCCUCAACAAACUGGCUUACGGUAGCACCUGCAGCGGAGCGGCUUUUCCCUAUCCGCUACCGCACAAAGAGAUCCUCUGUGAACCCUCCUGCAAAGAGAAGACAGCUAAUGAGUAAAGUCUCUGCUCUGUUUCUACGCACCCUCCACCGCUGGAAUGAGAGACGCAUGUGUACAGGUUUCCUGCCAGAUACUGGGGAUGAUUGUAAUCCGUCUGUAAACCAGUCUGCUGCGAGGCGGAGUGGAGGAGAUUUUCUAUAUUCGUGUUGGUGUCAUCUGUGUGCCUGCCACCUGAUAUAAUACUGUUAGUUUUACAGUGCUACUGUUGGAGGUCUGUAGUGUAUGAAAGGUUUCACUACACAUUACUGUAUCUGUUUUCCUGGAAAAAAAAAUAAUACCAGAUGUUCAUUGCGCAAGGGGUUGACUAAUAACUGUAGUGGUAGUUCAUGAUAAGUAUCAUUUUUAGUGUGCUAUAUGUAGCAUUUAACACCAUUAAAUGAUCUUAACAUUUA